GGAUACUGUGAUGUAUAUUUUCUUCUUGUGUCGGAGGGAGCUGAUCUGUCACUGACUGAUGAAUGCAACAAUGACUGCUUGAUGUUGGCAUGUGAAGGAGGUAACAUGUCUAUAGUGAAACACCUCCUUUCCUUGAAAACAUUUGACAUCAACAGGCAAGGGGGUAUUUAUAGACGGCCAGCUGUUAUGAUGGCAGCUGCAAGAGGACACUAUGAAGUAUAUAAUCUUCUUGUGUCGGAGGGAGCUGAUCUGUCACUGACUGAUGAAUACAACAAUGACUGCUUGAUGUUGGCAUGUGAGGGAGGUAACAUGUCUAUAGUGAAACACCUCCUUUCCUUGAAAACAUUUGACAUCAACAGGCAAGGGGGUAUUUAUAGACGGCCAGCUGUUAUGAUGGCAGCUGCAAGAGGACACUAUGAAGUAUAUAAUCUUCUUGUGUCAGAGGGAGCUGAUCUGUCACUGACUGAUGAAUACAACAAUGACUGCUUGAUGUUGGCAUGUGAGGGAGGUAACAUGUCUAUAGUGAAACACCUCCUUUCCUUGAAAACAUUUGACAUCAACAGGCAAGGGGGUAUUUAUAGACAACCAGCUGUUAUGAUGGCAGCUGCAAGAGGAUACUGUGAUGUAUAUUAUCUUCUUGUGUCAGAGGGAGCUGAUUUGUCACUGACUGAUGAAUCCAACAAUGACUGCUUGAUGUUGGCAUGUAAGGGAGGUAACAUGACUCUAGUGAAACACUUCCUUUCCUUGAAAACAUUUGACAUCAACAGGCAAGGGGGUAUUUAUAGACGGCCAGCUGUUAUGAUGGCAGCUGCAAGAGGACACUAUGGAGUAUAUAAUCUUCUUGUGUCAGAGGGAACAUUCAUCAACACAACUGUUGUCGUCACUAUAUGGCUGAGAUGCUGA